CACACAACUAGAAGAAAUUUACAAACAAAAAUGGCAGACGAAGUGAUAUUUGAGUUUCUUCAUAUGGAGAUAGUCGAAUACAUACACAGAGAGGCGUCUAAAGAAGACAAAGAUCAGUGUAUAUCAAAAUUAGAGGCUCUUGGAUUCCGUGUGGGCCAAAGUCUCAUUGAAAGAUUCACCAGAGAAUGCUCUCGUUUCAAAGAUGAACUGGACACAAUGAAGUUUGUAUGUAAAGACCUCUGGAAUCUAGUGUAUAAGAAACAGAUUGAUAACCUGAGGACGAACCAUCAGGGCGUCUAUGUGUUACAAGAUAACAAGUUCAAAUUUCUUGUACAAAUGUCAACAGGGAAACAGUAUAUGGAAUCUGCGCCAAAGUAUUUAGCUUUUCCUUGUGGGAUGAUAAGAGGUGCUCUGUCAAAUUUAGGAAUUAACUGCAUCGUUACAGCUGAAGUUAGUGCUAUGCCAGCAUGCAAGUUUCAAAUACAAAUUCAGAGGACGUGAUGGUCUGAAAGUUUUUACUUUGGAACAAGUGCUGGGUGCAGAGACGGAUGCAAGAGAAGUUGUAAUCUCAGAUUGUGCAAUAACACAAAACUGUUUUCUAGUAUGUUUCAUUCAAUAUAAAAAUCUGUAAGUGAUUUUGAUGCACAUAAUUCUCCUUUGUGGAUGUAUUUUUUAAGUGCUAAAAGAAAUGAAACAUUUUUCAGUAAGUAAAGGAAUUCACUAUCUACAAAUAACUUUACUUUUGUUUUUAUUGCUGGCUGUAAUAUUUAUUGAAUUACAAAUGUGAACGACCUUACUCUAUGAGCAUCUCUAGGUUCAAACACUUUGCCACUGUUACGUGUGGCAUUGGGAAGCAUUGGCUUCACUGAACAGACAGCUGUUUUUGUUGUUCUUUUUACAUUAUUUUUUAAGUGGGCUAUUUUAUCGAAUUGAAAUUGUAAACAAAAUGAAUUUAUCUGUAAAAUAUGUUCUAAAUAGUAUGUCUAGAUUUAAAAUUGUGUUGUGAAUGUAGCUGAGAAAUACAUGAAACUGACAUUCCAGGUCACAGUGGCAUUCAUUCUCUGGUAGCUGGGCCAUUGGAUAAACUGAAUAUUGUCUGUAAAUAACCAGAGAGAAGUGAGGAUGUAAUUUUUUUUAAAUAAAUUUCAUGCUUCUGUAUGUAUCAUUUAAUGUUAAUGAUUUAUAUGCGCAGUUUGGUUUGUACUCUAGGUGGUACUGUAUUUACUUGAGUAUUUUGCCAUUUUUUUGUCAACCAAUAAAAAUUGUUUAAUGUC